AUGUUCAUGUUUCAUAAUUAUUUCUUCACUUCCUUUGGACUGAAGCACUACUACUACUACCGAAGAAACAGACGACGAGACCAUGCCAACCUUCAAGUGCGCCGUGAUCAAAGAAGCUGGAGGGAAGUUUGAGUUUGAAGAACGCGAGAUUCCUACUCCUGCUCGUGGCGAAGUGUUGCUCAAAGUCAAGGCAUGUGGUGUUUGCCACAGCGACAAGUUCACCGUCUUCAAUGCAUAUCCCGGUUGUUCCUUGCCCCGCGUACCAGGCCACGAAGUGAUUGGCACGGUGGAGAGUGUUGGUGAAGGAGUGGAUUGGCCUCCCACGGGUCUGCUCGUUGGAGUUGGCUGGCAUCACGAUCACUGCCUCUUUUGUGAAGCGUGUCGCCGUGGAGACUUUAUGAUGUGCCCCAAAUCUCGAGUCAGUGGCAUUCAUGCCGAUGGCGGCUAUGCCGAGUACAUGAUUGCUCCUUGGACGGGCAUUGCCGAACUGCCACAAGAUAUCGAUCCCGUGGCGGCGGCUCCCCUUUUGUGUGCUGGAAUCACAGUCUUUAACAGUAUGCGGAAUCAAGAGAAUGUGGGACCGGGAGAUCUGGUGGCCGUUCAAGGAAUUGGAGGUCUCGGCCAUUUGGGCAUUCAAUUUGCCAAAAAGAUGGGAUUCCAAGUGGCGGCGGUAUCCUCCAGUGGAUCCAAAAAGGAACUGGCUGAAAAAUUGGGUGCCGAUCACUACAUUGAUACGUCGGUGGAGCCGGCAUCAGCCCAGCUCCAGAAAUUGGGAGGCGCCAAGUUGGUGUUGGCCACAGCACCCAACGCCAAAUCCAUGGAGGACCUUGUCAAUGCUCUAGGCUCCAAUGGGCGACUCUUGAUUGUCGGGGCAGAUGCCGAUAAAUUCAGUUUGAGUCCGUUCCAGGUGAUUCCAAAUCGUGGUCAUGUCUGUGGAUGGCCCAGUGGAACAGGCACGGACUGUACCGAUUGCUGCAACUUUGCCAAAAACCAAGGCAUUGCUAGCAUGAACGAAGUGUUCCCGUUGGACAAGGCGCAGGAAGCGUACGACUACAUGAUGAGUGGAAAGGCCCGAUUCCGUGUCGUCCUCACCCCCUAA